ACAAGUCUGACUUCAGCCGGGAGCACACACACAAACACACACUGCACUACUGGAUAACACUCUUCCAUCACAGGAGUCAUUUGUCUACAGAGCAGCAGCAGCAGAAGCCUCACAGAGCAGAGCAGCAUGGGGAGCAGCCUGUCAUGUGUCCCCCAGCACAACUUCAGAUUCUCCAGUAAAAGCUUCAUUCGCAGAAACAGCAGCCGCCUGUUUCGCAAAAAUUAUCCCCAGGAGGGGCAGGAGAAGUCCAACAGCAUCAUCAAUAUCCUGUGCACUGUCACCCCCGGGAAGGAAAUGUGCCACAAAGAUCUGCAGUCAAUAGACAACAUCAAAUGGAAUCCUCCGUUUCCUUACGACCCGGCCAGCGGCUGGAAGAAGAGCAGCAUCAAUGUGAAGAACUACGGACGCAUGAUUCACAGCUCCAAAGUCCGCUUCCGCUUCCUCCAGUGCCAGGAUAUACAUGAUUGUUACCUGGAUCUCUUCCAGACGCACCUUCACUUUCUCUCUAACAACACAACCGGACUAACAUACCAGGGAACUCUUCCGUUGAAAGAACUCUCCAUCUGUAACCUGCAGCAGAACUGCAACCACAGUCAACCCCAGGAAUUCGCCUUUCAAAUAAACGGUGUCAGCCUCAACUCCAUAGUUGUCUACUGUGCCAACCAAGACGAGCUGGACCUGUGGUUUGGCCUUCUGAGAGAAAACAUCGAGGCAAAUGGAGGCACUGCAACUACAAUCGAAAACUUCACCAGAGUGAAGCUGAACCAAGACAAGGCUCCCGAGGGCAGAGAGGAGCUGAGGAACUCCAUCAACAGAGAGCCCAUCUACGAGUGGGAGGGCUCCCAGCGAGACAGCCUGGGCCCCAUCACCUAUGUCACCAAAGUCCGGCUGCAGCACCUGCCCUGUCAGGAACAGAGUGACAGACUCCUGGUGAUGUACCCGGCGACCCUCAUCAUCCUAUCAGAGGAGAACGAUGGGCUCUUUUACAAGGGGAAACUUCCACUCAACAUGAUUACUGUGACCACACCCUGCCAAGACGUCAAGCCCAACACCUUUAUGAUCGAAGGGAAGCUCAUCAACCCCAUAGUGAUUUCGUGUCUGGAUAUGACCACGUUCUGCGACUGGAUCCAGCAUUUCAAAGCUGCUGACGUGCCUGUUCUCACCCCCCCGCCCCCUGUGUAUGACAUCAUCUACACCCCGACGGCAAGAGAGGCUCCCUCAUUCGACCGGUGGAGUGGAAACAGCCAAGGACGGAGUGAGUCCCUUAAGUUCAGCCAGUCAACAAGUGGACGUGGGCUCCACAACCUGCAGCUACCCAUUCAUGAAGACAACCCUCUCACCCCAGGAUAUGCUGAACCGCUCUGCUACAGCCGUCCCUCCUCAGCCGAGACCGCCCGCCUGGGCAGCAGGAACAACAGCAUGUCUUCCCACACCAGGCCCGAGCGUGACCUACGACCUUUGUCCCUGCGCUACUCCUCACCGCAGCACAACUCCUACCUCCAGCCUGCCGAGAGCUCGGUGGCGUCUCAGGUCUACAGCACGCCGUACUCUGCCCUGCACCGUGUCAGCCCGCAGCGGCUGGAGAAAGCCCCACUUGUCAAGUCGAACAGCUGGAGCACACCUCAAACGUCCCUGAGCUACUCCCUGAACGGCCCACAGCGCCACUCGGACAUGUGCGCUCCCCGACAGCCCCUAUCGCCGCUGUACGACGAGCCCUGCAGUCCCGAAAUCUACUCCCUGGAUGAGGCCAUGCCAUUGGAGGAGAGCUGGCAAGAGCCAAUUCAACCCCACAGCCACCACCUCCACCACCAGCAGCAGCAGCAGCAGCUCCCACCGCCCUCCUUCCAGCUCCACACCCCUCCCAUGGGCAAGCGCGGCAGGAGAAGCCUGGUUCUGACCAACUCCCAGGGACAGGCUCUGAGCCUGGAUAUGGAAGGUCCUCCAAGCCACGCGGAGCAGAGAGCCGAGGCCGUCUCCAGGCUAAAGCUCCUGCCCGUGCCCGGCCGAAUGCAAGAGCAGAUGAUUCUCCCGUCGAGCUCUUCGAGGAACACCUCUCAGAUGCCUUACAGCUACUCACCAGAUCACCACUCGUACCUCGAACCAACAGAACCAGAUGACCAGGAAAUGGACUAUGACAACAUUUGGGAGGACGACUGUGAUACUGGAAUGAAUCAGCCAACGUCUGGAAUUUCGACACACUGGACAGGAUUAGACUAUGGGGCCAGAGGCCUUGGUGCCAUGGCGACCCAGCAAAGAUGGUCAUAAAACAAAACAAUAGCCGGGCCACUCGUCUGGACGUGUGCAAACAACAGAUCUCUAUCGGAGGGAUAAUAAAAGCCAACCGGCACAGCCUGUGCUGCUCCUGCUGUGUACAGUGUGAGCCGGCAGAUCAAGGGACCUGCGCUGUCGGAUGUAGUGCAGCUGAGCAGGCGGACGAUGAGUGCAAGCAUGCAAAGCAGCAGGCUAAAUAAAAAUAUUGUGAAAGUGACAGACUCGUACUUCAGCUGUCUGUUUGUGAUGUAGCAUUCAACAGAGAAGACAGCUGGUUGCACUAAAGCUUUCAGACGAGAGCAAGAACUGACUGUUUUUAAUUAUUUAAGUAUUUUCAAACAUGCUGUUAAAUGUCUUUUUGUUUGAGCUGAAAGCUAUAAAAAGCAUUCCAAGAGGGCUUGUUAUUGUACAGGAUGUAUAUUUUUGUAAAUGUUGUACAUAUAUUAUUUUAGUAUGAUACAUUAUCAAGACAAAUAGAUGUGGGUUUAACGGACUGCCUUAAAGGUGCUGCUGUCACUACAGCAUGGUACUGAUAACUGUAUGGCUUCCUCUUUUCCAUUUUUGUUUGAGGUGUUUAUUUAUAUUUGGCAAUAAAAGUAUAAUUUAA